AUGAACUCUGUGCCCGAAGCCCAGCUUGCCUCAGAUGUCACCAUCCAAAUCUGCCGGUCCGCUCUGGCCGCCGACGCCACCAUCACCAAUGCCAUCGCAACCAUGGUGAACGAAUGCUACCUCGCCGCGGAGGGCGACCUCUGGCGGCCUGAGGACAGGUUGCCACGCACCGAUCCGGCAGUGGUUAGCAGCCUCAUCUCCGCCAGCAAUCUCGUGGUCGCGUGGUCUCCGUCCGGCGCUGUGACCGGCUGUGCAAGCCUAUCGCCGUACGGCGAAGAAGGGUUGAUGGUCGGGAUGUUGGCGACGGUGCGUCGAGGUGGCGGGCUGGGCGGGCGCAUCAUGGCGUUCUGCGAGGACGAGACCAGGAGGCGGUCCGGAACGUCGGGUGCAGGAAGUUGCUGUGCGGUCGAGUUUUGGCGCCCGAAGGGCCUGGUACCGCAUGCCGGGAAGGAGAGGCUUUUUGGUUGGUAUCGACGCCUCGGCUAUGAAGUUGUCAAGACUGAGGAUUUGGCUGAUAGCAGAUACGGAGACUUUGUGCGGCGUUUGGCAGUUGAGAUUGACAGUAUAGUACUGGAGAAGAGGCUUUUAUAA